AUGGAUAUUUUGUGUCCGAAUUAAGGGCAUAACAAUUAGAUUGAAUUUGUUUGUAUGAGGGAUUCUUGCCAAGAAUAUCGCUUUUCUUGCUUUGAAUGUUUGCAAGCUGGAAAUCAUAAGAGCCAUAUAGAAGAUGUUCAAAAAUUUUCUUCGUUUUUGAAUUUAAUAAAGUAGUAAUCAUCCGAUUACGAUAAUCUUAUGAGUAAGCUUGAGAAUUGGAUUAAUCAUAUGAAUAAUUAAUGUGGGGAACUGAAAAAAGGGUUAGAAAUGAGAUACAAAGAAAUAACAGAAUUAGCUAAGAAUUUUAGUAUAAAUCACUUUAAUGAACUUUCUUCUUGUUUUUUCUCAUUUCAAAGGAGUAAAGAGAAACUGUAUUCAAUGAUUGCAGAGAGUGUAGGAAGUCUUUCUGAAACUAUUACAAAUGGUCGAAAAAUUUUAUGUUUAGAACCAUAAAUUCAAUAAUAAGUAUUUAAUAAAGAAUUGAAGCCAUUUAAAUAUGAAUUAAUCAAUAAAAUAAAAGAUGAAUACAUAUUUGCUUUUGCGUUUAAUAAAGAAGCUACUCUCUUAGUGGCUGGCUACGAAUCAAGCAAAAUAAGAGUAUUUGAGUUUGAGCAAGGAUAAUUACGAUAAUUAUAGGAAUUGAGCAAUCAUAGUAAAAGAGUUCGAUGUGUAUACUUUUUGUAAAAAUCGCCUUCAUUUAUCUCUGGUAGCUAUGAUCGUUCGAUUAUUGUAUGGGAGGCCUCAGAAAAUAGAUAGUUCUAUUGUAAGUAACAACUUGAAGGUCAUACUGACGAUAUUAAUUGUUUGAUAAUUAAUAAUAAUGAGGAUUUGAUAAUAUCAGGUAGUGAUGACAAAACCAUUAGACUAUGGAGUAAAAAUGUGUAGUGGCAUUGUUCAUAGACAUUAACAUAUCAUAAUGGGAGUGUAUUCUGUAUCAGCAUGAAUGAAACUUAAAAUUAAUUCAUUUCUUGUGCUGCAGACAAUCUGAUUGUUGUAAGUCAAAAAGAUGUAAAUAGUUCUUUCUGGAAUAUUCUUUAAACUAUUAAAGUAGAAUGGGGUUUAAGAUUAUGCUUUAUUAGCAAUACUUAAUUUACAUAUCAACCUUAUAAUAAAAAGCAGAUGAUAAUUUAUGAACAAAGUAAAUUCAGCCAAUAAUUUGUUAAGCAAAAGGAAAUUGCUGUAAAGUCUGGAAAUGAUUGCUUUUGGUAUUUUCCUUAAAAAUAUAUUAAAUCGAAAUCACUGUUACUCAACAAAAAUGGAAGUAGUUUAAAUUUGAUUAAAAUUAAAGAGAAUGGAGAAUUUAUUUAAGAAUAAAUUAUCGAUUUUGAUGAUAAUUACAUUCAUGGAGCAAUUUCAGAUGAUGGAGAGUAUUUAAUCACCUGGGAUUGUAAAACCGAAGAAAUUCAAGUUAGGCAAUACAGCGAAUGA